CAGCUCCAGUCGCGGUCGAAUCACAAGCAUUGAAAGUGAAUUGCUAACGGUAAUUGUUGCUUUGUCUGAUUGCGGUCAACCGGGGGAGAAAAACAUCGAUAAGAAGUCCAGUGUCCAUAUAAAUAAUCGUUGUCAAACGAAGAGUGGACAGUUAUUUUUUUAAAAGAUGCUGAGAAUCCGAGAGUUUUUCGCAAACAAAAACGUUCUGAUAACAGGCGGAACUGGAUUAGUUGGGGUAUCUUUGGUGGAGAAGUUGCUCAGAGCUUUUCCGGAAAUUGGAAGCAUUAAUUUGGUCGUGAGGAGGAAGAAUGGCGAGAGUUUAGGUCAGAGAUCAUCGAACUAUUUCAGCUUGGAUGCUUUCGAUUGUUUGAAGCGUAGCAAUGUUGAUCUUACGAGUAAAAUCGUUUGGUUGGAAGGUGAUAUCAGCGAACCUAACUUGGGUUUGAGCGAAGACAGUCUGAAGCAUAUCAGCGACACAGUGAACGUGAUCUAUCAUGCCGCAGCUACUGUAAGGUUUGUGGAACCUUUAAAGAACGCCAUCAAUCUUAAUCUUUGCGGUACCAAUGAGGUUUUCAAAAUCGCCAAGAGAUGCACCAACUUAAACUGCUUCAUGCACGUUUCCACAGCUUUUAUAAAUCACAGAUUCUCGAGGUCUUCGAUCCAAGAUCGAAGCUACGAAAUGUCCCAAGAUCCGCUCGAUCUAAUACGAAUGCACGACACUCUCACGAAGGAUGAAAUCGAGGUAAAGGCUAAGACUUACCUGAAGGAUUGGCCCAACACCUACAUAUACACCAAAAACGCUGCAGAAAACCUCCUGUACAAGAACAACACCGAUAUGAAGAUUGGCAUAUUCCGACCGGGAAGCAUUAGUGAAGCUUACCAAGAACCUUACCCGUACUGGAUGAUAAAUUGCUCCGCCUUUUCGGCUAUCCUGCGGAAAGCUCACACGGGUUUAAUGUUCAAUCUGAAUCCCAAAGCUAAAGGUAACAUGAUACCCAUCGAUCUCUCCACCAACGCUUUGAUAGCAGCUACUUGCGACGCGGCAAACAUCAAAGAGAAGACCAAAUUCUAUACUCUGAUCACGAAUAAACCCACCUGGUUUGAGCAGUACCACAUGUAUAUAAAGAACAUAAAGGAUCCCUGGUUGAUGUUUGGUAGUCUGAAGUACAGGUUCCUCAGCCACAUGAAGGAUCUUGUCUUGGAGAUGAACGGCAGGAAAGGAAUUUAUGUCAAGGAGAUACAGAGGCACGAGAAGAUGAUGCAGCUGAUGGAGCAUUUUAUGUACAAGGAAUUCCAAUUCGAGUCGAAGAAUAUAGAUGAUCUUUGGGAAUCGAUGGAUCAAGAGGAGAGGAAAUUGUUGUUCUUUGACUUCAGUCAGGUCGAUUGGCAGAGUUACUUCGAAAACAUGUAUCACGCCAACAAGAAGCAUCUAGUGGAUAUGAUGGAUUAUAAACCGACGUUGAAAGCCCUGACUACACUUUGAUUAAAGCUUAGGACGAAUUUAUCUUAGAACUACUUAAUGUACAGGCAAAAAUAAAUUAAAUACAUUA